GCAGUUUCGAUUUUUUUGUAAAUGCUUUAAUGCUUUGAUUCUUUCUUUCUGAUUACCGAGUGGGCUUUUGAUUGAUUGUGGUUUGAUUUUUAUUUGGGCAAGGCAAGAGAGAGAGAGAGACAGAGAGAAAUGAAAAGGGAAGCGUGAGAGGGAUUUUUAUUAAAGAAGGCAAAUUCUUUUCCAUGAUUUUUAUUUCUCUCUGUUUCGACAUUUUGACCCUAUUAGGGUUGCUUCACUUUACUAUUGAGUCGAUUUCUGAUAUUGCUUCCUCUUCGAACCAGACUCUUCCUUGACUUUAUCUCCUCCAUGAACCCUUCGGCUUCUGUUGCUUAAUUCGUCAAUCUCGGCAAGUUUAUUCUACAGUCCUUGUUCUGCUUUGGAUUUUUUCCUCUCAAGAUUCCUGGUUUUUUCCCCUUCUGGAGAUUUCCUGCUACACGGGCGAUCAUAGUUGGCUUCUGUUCUUCUGGGUUGGUGUAAUUUUUCGAAGUUUUGAACCCGAUUCGAAGAUUUGGGUAAUUUGCUGUUUCAAUCUGGAAUCGAUGUGAAAACGGGUGAUUUUAGGGAUUUUGGAGCUGUUUGAUUUGGGCGUUUCUGAGAAGGCAAUGGUGCCUUGUCUCGAAGACGAAGUUGAGCUGCUUCAUUGGCGAGCUUGAAGAUAUUCUGAUUUGCGGCUGAGAAGUUUGAAGGGGCGUUUGGUAUGAAUAUAUGAUGUUACAUGUGAAAGGUCCUCAUAGGAAUCGCUGCUCUCUUCUUGCUAUUUUCUGUGGUGAUGUUUCUGAUAAUAAACAUAAGCAUGUGAUUCCUGAGGAUCAAUCCACAUACCCUUUUCCAGAGCUCACUUCAUCUGGGCGUCUUGAGGUAACUAGUUUGAAUAAUCCAAGUACUGAUGAGUUCCGGCGAGCUUUGGAGUCGUUAGAGCCCAGUUUCCUGUACUUGCGAGGCGAACGGCAUGACGAUGGUGAAGAAUUGGAAUCUGUGGUUUGGAGGAAUACCUACCUGUCCACACCAGAUGACCUAUGUGCAUUAUUCGGGUCUACUUUGCCUUCCGCGGUUUAUCUAGAGAUUCCUAGUGGAGAAAAUUUGGCAGAGGCACUUCACUCUAAGGGUGUACCUUAUGUCAUAUACUGGAGAAGCACAUUUUCAUGCUAUGCGGCUUCUCAUUUUCGUCAAGCAUUGUUUUCGGUGGUGCAAAGUUCAUGCAGCCACGUAUGGGAUGCAUUCCAACUUGCAGAUGCAUCAUUCAGGCUCUACUGUGAAAAUAACAAUGAUAUUUUGCCUGCCAAUAGCCAAAAACUUAGCCAUAAGCAGAGACCACUUAUUCUUGGGGACCGUCCCAAGAUUGACAUUGUUCUGCCUGAGGCUAAUACGCAAGGAGAAGAAGAAUCACCCGAUAGUGUUCCUGAAAUAAAGAUAUAUGAUGAUGAUGUCACCAUGCGGUUUCUAGUUUGCGGGAUGCCAUGCGUGUUGGAUGGUAGCAUAUUGGAAUCUCUGGAGGAUGGCCUGAAUGCUCUUUUGAGAAUAGAAAUACGGAGGAGUAAACUUCAUAACCGAUCAAGUGCGCCUCCACCCCCUCUUCAGGCAGGAACAUUUUCUCGUGGUGUAGUGACUAUGAGAUGUGAUUUUUCUACCUCUACGUCUGCUCACAUUUCUCUGUUAGUAUCUGGUAGUGCACAGACGUGUUUUAAUGAUCAGUUUCUAGAGAAUCAUAUAAAGAAUGAAAUUAUUGACAACAGUCAGCUAGUCCACGCCUUGCCCAGUUGCGAGGAGAGCAAAUUGGCUUCAUCUGAGCCUCGUAAAUCUGCUUCGAUAGCUUGUGCAGCUAGUGUUUUUGAAGUUUGCAUGAAAGUUCCUACAUGGGCUUCACAGGUUUUGAGGCAGCUCGCUCCAGAUGUGACAUAUCGCAGUUUGGUCAUGCUGGGAAUUGCCAGCAUUCAAGGGGUUUCUGUAGCUUCUUUUGAAAGAGAUGAUGCAGAACGCCUCCUGUUCCUGUGGGCCCGGCAGGGAAAAGAGUUGCAUCUUAACGACUUUGUUCUUUCCACACCUCCUAGUUGGUUGACACCUCCGGCCCCUAGUCGGAAGAGGUCUGAACCAUGCCAUGAAACGAAACCGCCAAAAUCAGCUGGUUCAGAGAGCGAGAACGGUGGUUCUGUCAGGAAUAAACUGCAUUUCGCUGCAAUGAAGCCAAUCCCUCAUACUCGGCGUCACAAAAUGCUACCAUUCUCUGAGUCUCAUGAAUGGGAAAGAUACAAUGGAGACCAAGUAAAAGCCAAUCUUCCAGUGGCUCCAAUAAAACACACUCCUCCACCUGCUCCUAGGAAGUCAUUUUCGAGCUCUAUCCAAGCUCAGCAGAUCAUAUCUUUGAAUCCCCUACCUUUAAAGAAACACGGCUGUGGCAGAGCGCCUAUUCAAGUCUGUUCAGAGGAGGAAUUUCUCAGGGACGUGAUGCAGUUUCUUGUUCUACGUGGUCAUACCCGUCUGGUGCCUCAGGGUGGAUUUGCUGAAUUUCCUGAUGCUGUUCUUAAUGCGAAACGUCUUGACCUUUUCAACUUGUAUAGAGAGGUGGUUUCAAGGGGUGGCUUUCACGUUGGGAAUGGCAUCAAUUGGAAAGGACAAGUUUUCUCUAAGAUGCGCAAUUACACGCUAACCAAUAGAAUGACUGGUGUAGGGAAUACACUUAAGAGGCAUUAUGAAACUUAUCUCUUGGAAUAUGAAUUGGCACAUGAUGAUGUAGACGGAGAAUGCUGCCUCUUGUGUCAUAGUAGUGCACCUGGUGAUUGGGUUAACUGUGGUAUAUGUGGGGAGUGGGCUCACUUUGGCUGUGAUAGGCGGCAAGGGCUCGGUGCCUUCAAGGACUAUGCAAAAACAGAUGGGUUGGAGUAUAUUUGUCCGCAUUGCAGCAUAUCAAAUUUCAAAAAGAAGUCUCAGAAAACCGUGAACGGAUACUGACGGCGUGUCGAGGGUCGCAGUCUCAGUGCCGAAGAGGACUCCUAAUUAAGCACAAUGUAAUAUGUACCAUAAUAUUGUCAUUGUUGUCACCUACAGUAUUUAACGUCGACAAGAAGCGCACUCCCCAAAUCUUUCUCCCCGUUCGUUAUGAUCUAGAGAUUAGAAACUUCAAAUGUGAAAUGUAGAAUGUAAGCCCCAUAUUCUUGCCUGAAUUAGAUUAUUUAUGUAGCUCUUCUUCUUUUGUACUUUAUAUUGAUUAUAUCUGUCAAUGAAGUCUUGGCUUCACUAUUCCAUUUU